AUGCAGCGCACCCUUCAUGCGACUCGCCGAAUAUCUCACGGCGCUUCGCGCUUGGGAUGCGAGGUCAAUGCCACCAACGAGUACGGGGAGUACGACGGCGAGGCUCUGGCGCUAUACGGCCUUGAGAUGGUGGUGGAGCCCCACCGGGCGACCAGAAUAACGGUCUCCAGCCGCCUCCCGUUGUCGGAGAUCUCGGAGAAGUCGGAGAAAUCUCCGUCGCCUUCGCCGCCGUCAUCUUCGUCGUCCCGGCGGCGAUACUACUGGCUGCUGGUGCGGGCGGACAGCUCGGGGGCCGCGCUGGACGACGUGACCCCCCUGGUUGACGCCAGGGGGUACGACCGUUUCGUAACGGUUACGCUGACGGACGCCGGCGAAAAGUACGCGCUGCUGGUGCAACAGGUCGAGGGGGACGACGGGACGGUGGUCGCCGAGCAGCGAGUCACGAUCUCGUGCAAGUACGUACGCCGGGAGCUGAGGGGCUUGACGAUUGCGGAUCGAACCGGGUUCUUCGCGGCAAUGCGGGAGUUCUACACGGUCUCGCUGGAGGAGGGGAGGGCCUUGUACGGGGAUGGCUUCUACGACGCCAAGCUCAUGGCCGCGUACCACAACACGAGGGACUACUGCUUCCACAACGGGAUGCACUUCCUGAACGCUCACGCCGCCUUCGACCUUUGGGUCGAGAGCAACCUUCAGAAGAUCGACCCAAAGGUGUCUCUCCCCCAAUGGGACUACAUGCUGGAAGCCGCCCACCUCGGGACCGAGUGGGGGGACAGCGAGAUCUUCGGCCCGGACAUGUUCGGAUCGGCGUUGGGAUCUCCGGAUAACCAGUUCCAGAUCUCCGACGGCUGGUUCUCCAACAUCUCGUCCGUGUACGACCCGGCCGGUGACCUGCUGAGCGCGGAGGCGGACAUCAGCACGAAUCAUAAUCCUUACGGCUUCGUCGGCAGCACGUACAACUACCAGUCAAUCCCAGGCGUUUCGCGCACGAGCUCGUACUGCGGGCUGCAGGGCGUGUCCGAGUUCAGCAAGUGCGAAGUCUUCGUGGGCUGUUUCGAGGACAACAACAGCUUGUACGAGUGGGCCGUCUGCAUGGAGCAUUCGGUGCACGCCUCGAUGCAUGGCAUGAUCGGGGGCGGCUUCAACUGCAACGUCAACAUGGCCGAGUUUCAGGAGGCCAACCCCCAGUUCAGCCCAGAGCUGUUGACUUUCACUCUGCAGUUCCUGUUGGCCAACAAGUGGCCGUCUAACAGCUUGAUGGAGGACUUCAACUACUGCGACGAGGAUUGCGCCGUCGGUCAGACCCACCCGUGCGGGUGCACCUGCAUUACUGACCCUUUCGAGUGGACCGACGACGCGAUAUAUGACUUCAUGGAAGAUGCGAUGGAAACAUUGCAACUAAGAGCACAUGGAGAUCAGUUCAUCGACGAAGACAGAAGCGCUAGACAUCCGCUCGGCUUCGCACAGAAAGGGAAACGACUAGAUGACGAGUCAAUCAUGCUCCUGCUGCGCCAGCUGAUGGUUAUCGGAUGCGAGCCCGGCGAGGUGGGAGCGAUGAGCACCGGAGCCGCGCCUCUGGACCCGAUAUUCUGGGCGCUACACGCAGGCUUCGACAAGGCGCAGCACAUCCUGCAGCUCUCACCGGGGUACCGAGAUACGUACGACUUCGCGUGGGUGGACAGCGAGAGCUGUGACGACAUGUCGGGCGGCAAGCUCGACGAUCUCUACCCUUGGACAGAACGGAUGCUGGGCCUGGGCGACGGCACGGAGCUGCUGACGAACUCCGACCUGGUGGAAAUCCUCCACCCGUCGAACCCGAAGCUGCCGUAUGUCUACGAGGGGUUCAACAAGUGGGGCACUUGCACGGACUGGGACCCGUGUCCGGAGUGCGACGACGGCUCCCCUGCUUGAUUGCGCCAUAAGUUCACGUGACACUGCUGUGUUUGUAUUUUUACGAAACAGCGGUGGCUGCAGGUUUUGCGGUGCAUAAGCAAGGGCGCACGCAGUUUUUUUAUUGGUCGGCAGACGCCGGGAGUUGGGGGUGGUGGCACGAGUCUUUUUGUGGCCGUCGUUUUCCUUGCGAGUCCCAAGCUUUGCGGUGGCUCUGCAGAUGAGCACCUGUAUGUCCGCGGGAAGCGAGAGCUUGGUGGGAUUCAGCCGGCAUUGCCUGCUUGCGUGUUUCCCUUGUCCAAAUGCGACUGGCGCGGCAGUGCCGUUACUGUGUCGGACGCGAGGCUUGGUGGCAUGUUUUCUCCUCGUUGAAUGCUGGGGUUGACCGUGCCCCGCUGCUGCUGCUGCUGCUGCGUUGGCCGACUGAUGCUUCGUGUUACCCGAUUUGUAUUUGCCCAAGCAGAUGGCUUGGCACACACAUCCCAGUACGCGCGCGCGCAACGUCCUUUUAGGUGUGUACCCGUCGUGGGCCUGGGUCAAGUCCUUCCCCCGACUACUUUGUGCCGUUGGCGGCAUCAUGUGUCGUCCUUGGCGUGAGCCGCCGGCAGCUUUGUUUCAUGCUCGCGGUUCUGUCUCUCCGUUCUUUGGCCGCAGGCGUCGAUGCGGGAGUCGUUGCUGCUGAAUCUGCUGUUGGGUCGAAGGGUCGCGGGCCGUGUUGUUGUGUCUCUAACGUGGAUAACUCGACCCUUCGAGUCAAUCAGCGCGGUGCUGCUGUCAUUGUGUGUGUGCGUUUUUUUCUCCGUUCGCUUUCCUUGGGUAUGUAAGUCCAACACACGCAUUUCUGGCUUUUCAUUCUUGUCUCUGUCGGUGUUCGUGUUUUCUGUACGUACUUGUUUAUUUUUUCGGCCCAGUCAAUCGUAGCCUUGGUCUGCCCCCACGGCAGUCCGUCGCCCCGCUCAACAGAAGAGUGGUCCGAUUCGGCAUAUUUCACUCGCGAGACGAGACUUUUUCUCCCAAACAUGUUGCGGUUGGUGUUGUUGCGUACAGUUUUUACUGUGGUGCGGUUUUAUCCAUGCCAAGACGUGAUGCGUGGGGUGGUGGACUUGAUUCUGAAGUAGCAGGCCCCCAUGAAGCCGAGUCUCGAUGUAAGUACGUUUUCAAGUGUGUGUUUUUCAUUUCUAUCCACGUAAUUCACCUCCGUGCGUUGUUGUCGAGAGAUUUUUCCGAAAGUAAUAUGCCUCACGUGUUUUGUUGUUGAUUUUGAAAAAGAGUUUCCAACUGGUCGGAUCGGCCUGAGAAUAGCGGAGAGGAAAGCGCGACACGAUUAGAUGGGCCGUAUCGGCGGCGAUUUACACUCUCACGUAGGUGGAUGGGGAAUCCGCGGAACCCCCUGCAAGUGCUGUUGGAUAUCUCUGGUUGCAUGCGAUCGUUGCCUGAUUUGGGUCCGGCUGUAUGUUCUGUAUUCGAGUGUAAGGCAUGAAUUGUGGGCCUCUCGUUUUUUUUCUUGCGAUUGUUGGAGAAAUCGUCGCAAGUACCAAUAUUUUGCCUUGAAGGACAAGGCGGAAAGGGGUUCGGGUACGGCAUCAACCUGCUUCCGUUGCGAGUAUCAACAUUGCUUUGAAGGGCACGGCGGAAAGGGGAUUGGGUAUAAGAUCAAUCUCAGGACUGGUGUCGGGAUGACACUCAAAACUCCUUGUUCCUUUCGUCCGGGCCAUGAACGAUGCGUGAAAAGGAUCCUGAGUCAGCUUUUCUUCUUUUCUAGGAAUGAUCGUUUCGGGAUGUUGGCUCGAGGGCACGGUGGAAGAGGAGGGAGGUGGUGACGGUGCCGGACAGGCGACAAAACCAGCUUCUUCUGCUGUUGUGAUGACAACAGGUUCAUAUCUUCUGCUGUUGGGUUUAUUGGUUCGACUGAGAUACAUCAUGCAGUGACAGUGGUGUGUCUAGAGCUCGUGUCGUGAGGUGUUUGAUUGAACUUGACGUAAUGCGUACGGCGUACGGUUAACCUUUAGCAAUAUUCGGACGAUUGUAGCAUUGUAUGGUGUGUGGCGCUGUGUGAUUGCUGCCCAUUCGCAUCGACCUCGAUACCCGGGCGACCAAUGUGUGCGCGCUCUCCUGCAAUGCGUAAUCUGUGACUUUUUAUCCUAGUACACGGCUGUUGGACCCUACGCGCAGUAGUUUAUUCUGUUCUCAAAGUCUUGUCUGUAUUCUCAUCAGGUCAACAUGCGUUGGUGGUGUGAAACUUCCGCUCCAACCCUUGCCCUACCCGAUGCCGUUGGGCUGCAUGAAGCAUUUUUUCAAUGUCGGCUGAUGUUUGCCGUUUUUGUGCGACCCUCCCUCUGCAUGAGCGCGUAAUGAUACAUUUCGGGGGGGUAUGUCGGGCGGGCGUUCGUACUGCGGUGAUGAGUUCUCGGGGUAUCGGGUGAUCGUUAUGAUACACGGAGCGGGUUGGGCGGACGAAUGGUUGAUGGCCAAGCUUGUCUUGUGGUGUGAAUAGCGUUUCUCCGUCGAAGGCGGAAAUAUUGCUGUGUAGUUUUACCAAUUUCGGACUGAGGCUCCAAAGUUUCCAGAUUUUGAGAUAAGAAAGUUUCCUGGAAACUCUGUGCGGGUGAAAUUUUUCAGAUCUAAGCGGCUUCAUGUGAUUGGCUGUGGGGCAACAGUCCUCCCACGAACUUCCCCUGUCCGCAGGUGCUGUUGUUUUUUCGUGGUGCGCUGCGUGACAGCUAGCUGUGCACCUUGCUUGAUGACAAGGGGCUCUCACUGCUGCUGCUGUUGAGUUUGCGUGUGUGCGUGCGUGCGCGUGUCCGUGUCUGCAUCGCUCCCUCAACCCCAGGACACGAAAUCGCACCACACCAGUACGGAGACAGAAAGUGAUUACUGUACACUGGCCGACGACACCUCUGAACGAAGUGCUAUGUCGCGUUGCAAGCGUUCGGGAGAGA